UUGUACCAUAGUAACUAAUAUAACUUCUUCUCAUUCUCCUUAAAUGGCUUGUUAUGUCAAGAUAGCUUUCACAAUAUUUCUAUCUUUGAACUUGAAAACAUUUAUCCAAGGUGCACCUCAAAUACCAUGCUUCUUCAUAUUUGGAGACUCAUUACUUGAUAAUGGAAAUAACAACGACCUUCACACAAAGGCAAAGGCUAAUUACGCACCCUAUGGGAUUGACUUCCCUAAUGAUCCUACUGGUCGAUUCACCAAUGGACGCAAUAUGGAAGACUUCCUAGCGGAACUCCUGGAUUUUGAUCAUUACAUUCCACCUUUUGCAAGUGCACAAGAUAGUGAGAUCUUAGAAGGUGUAAAUUAUGCAUCUGGUUCAGCUGGAAUUCGCAACGAUAGCGGAAGUCAUCUUGACAUUCCGGGUGAUCGGAUUCACUUGGACAGACAAUUGAAGAAUCAUAAAGUCACAAUUUCACGACUUGCUAAUUUACUGGGUAAUAUAACUUCAGCCAAAAAUCACUUGAAUAAGUGCCUCUUCAUAGUAGGAAUAGGGAGCAAUGACUACAUCAACAACUACUUGAUUCCUGAAAUAUAUCCCUCAAGUCAUUUGUACACACCAAGCGAAUAUUGAAUUGCCUUGAUAACUCAAUAUUCACAACAUCUGAGGACUUUAUAUGAAGAUGGAUCAAGGAA